AUGAAAACCAGCCCAUCGAGCGUUCGUCACACGCCUGCCAAAGGCUCGCUGUCUAUUCUCGUGAUUCUUCAGAUGUUUGUCGCAGUUACUUUAUUUCUGGAAAAUUCUCUUAAUCUCACUAAAAACGCUGAACAUUUCGAGAGCGAGGAGACAAAAAGUGUUGUGUUUACGGCUUGGCUGGUUGUUCUUCUUUGGCUUCUCACCAUUCUGAUUUCUCUUAUCGCUUUAUUCACAAAUUCCUACAAUCUUCUCCUCCCGCAUCUCGUCUGGACGGGUUUCCUGUGCGUUGUCUGCACGAUCUGCUCGCUCACGCUAUUCUUCUCUGACACGCGACCGUGGACGAUGUUCCUCUCGAGCGGAAUCGCCAUUCUGCUCGGCAUCUCCGUAGUCGUCGAGAUCAGAUGUUUUCUAGCAAUGCGGCAGUGCUUGCGAUGA